GAACCUUUUCCUGUCACGUACCGGAAGUAGUCAGGGUGACAUUUGGACGAGUCGAGGGAGGCAUGGUUCUGUUUAUGUUGUGAAAUUAACGCUUUUACUACCCGAUUUAGAUAUAAAGGUUUAUUCUGAGGAGCGCUAUGGCGGCGUGGAGCUGUCGGUUCGUCCUUCAGCGGGGAGUUCGGCUCAUGUGUCCGCGGACAGCAGCUGAGAGGUGAGCUGUGCUAACAGGAUGACAGCGGAGCUAAUGCAGCUGAGGUUCAUUUCUGGAUAUAAAUCUACUGAUCGAGGUCACUGAAGUGAAAAUACUGUACAGUAUAACAGUGCUGUACUAGCCUCUUCUUUACCAACUAUUUAGCUUAUUUUGUUUACUGUUAGUCUGAAGCUUCCUUAUGAUGGAGAAAGACUAAAACCCUAAACAGUACCUCACUUAGGAAUAAUUGUGAAGAUUGCAAACACGUGAUUUACUCAUAUUAUUAUUGUGGUUUUUUCUUUCUGAUGAAAAGUUUGAAUUGGUCUGUCUUUGUCUCAGAGAUGGUCAGGCUUUGCAGUCAGCUUCUGUUCAGUCAUUUCUCACUUGUCUUCAUCCCUUUGACUCAUUGUCACUGAGUUUUCUGACAUUUGCACACUUUAAAUGACCAACUGUCCCUGUGAAUAUAUGCAUCAACGUGUUUUCAUCAGCCAGGCCUAAGUGACUCAGCAGCAACAGAAAGUCAACCAAAAUGACAAAUAAAAUAAAACUUAGGAGCAGAUUGGUAAGCAAGAACAUUUAUCAUUUCAUUUAGUCACCUUAUCAAAAAAUACCUCAGCUUUUUAAAUGCCUCGUUCCAGGACUGGGCAAUAUAUCCAUAUAAAAAAUAUAUUUGAUAUAUAUUUUUAAUGAGAUAUGGAAUUGGAGCAUACCACAUAUAUCGAUAUAUCGAUAUACAGAUAUCAGAUGCUGUUGUUGACAGGCUGGUGAAGGACACACUUGUCUGUCCUCUAAUGUCUACCUCAAGACAGCACUAACUGUUUAUCAAAGUAGAAAAGAAAGAGGGGGAAACAUUUACUGAGUUCAUAAUCGGUCAUAGUCUUGUACAACUGGUUGCGAAUGUUAAAAAGAUAAGAAAGACAGAAAGGUAAUCUCAAAAUGAUGUUUAAAAACAAUUUUCUUAAACUGAGCAUUUUAUUUUGUUCUGUCUUUAUAGAUGUAAAUGCUGCCCUCACAAGGGUUUGUCAUGUUUAACAGGGUUUUUCCUGGCUCAAAUUGAGGCAGAGGUGGCACCAUCCUGACCGUGCGCCACGACGUGCAUGUAUUUGUAAAUUCAACCGAUUCACUUUCUUUUACAGGCAACAUACUUUAAGUUAAGAGUUCAAAAAAGAGUGUGACCAUUAUUAUGUUAAAGCAUUCAUUUAUUAAAACUAUAUACAUACACAAAUCAGCUGGCAACUUUAAAUUGAAAGUACACUUCAUCCACACAUCUCACAACCAGACAGAACAUUUCAGCCUCCUCUUUUUCAUUCUGUAGAACCUCCUCAUGCACUCCUUGUAGUCCAAGGCCUCCUGGUCUGGUCCAUCAACGGCCACCUUACAACAGACAUCCAAGUGCCUCUCCUUCAGUCUGUUCCGCAGAGGUGUUUUCACCUUAAACAAAACAAUUCAUCAUGCAUUAAGUAUUUUUGUUUUUAUUCUGAUACAGACAUGAAGAGUGAUAGUGUUUUCAAUCAUAUAUUAUAUAUAUGUAUACGCUGGAGUGUCCUCCCUAAAAAAAAAAACGACAACCAAUUAUUUCUUAAACUAUCUAAACUAUGUUAUUUUAGUUUUUGUAACUUUAUUAGUUGAGUGUUUUUAGGUACUACCAUCUUUAAUACACUUCUCCUUCUCUUCUGCUGCUUUGUGAAUGGCUAUCACCUCAUGUCUUUUUAAUGUGUCCAGCCUGUAGUUGGUUGAUGGCUGUCUCACUAAGGAGGCAAUAAUUGCCUGCUGUGUUGGGGCACAGUGCUUUUGGCAUAAAUAGCAGUGCAUGCCUUCCUCAGUAUGCCUGAGCCGGGUAAAUUGAUUGAGCCAUUGCUUGUCAAAGCCACUGGCUCUGUGUUUUUGAGAAGAUCUGGAAAGAGGAAUAAAAACCACGUACACGUCGGCUUUGCGUUGUUAUGCUCCUAAUUGGAAACUAAUUAAUUAAUUACCCUCGCCUCGCCGACUCGUCCUGUCCUGCAUUCUGACCCUCGCGAUCACCAGUCCCUUGUGAAGUACUUUCAGACCUGACACAAAUUUCCACGUUGUCACCAACAUGAAUUAUAGCAUUUUAACUGCCUGUUACGUUUUUUCUCUGCUGUGUUUCACCUGGACUCUUGACUUUCCUCCUCGCGAGGUCGCUUUUUAAAGUACUGGCUGAUUUUGCCUGUCAUAACUGCAACGCUAAAAAUGGAGUAAACUUUUUUUUUUAAAUAAACACGACAUGCUUGGAUGCAAAAAAGAGAAGCAGUAAUUACCUGUUUGUACCAUCCGCCAGGGAAAAUCAGGACGCCGAUAGCACCAACUAGCGGGAAAAACACUUGAAAAAACAUGAUUCGAUCCGUUUCUUCUACGGUAGAUGCUUCAGGUCUUUCCGGUGCACUGCUGUUGAUAUAGCGCCUCUAUAGUGGCGCAACGCUGCAACUGCAGUUAAAAUACGUUGCUGCUGCAUCGGGACAUCAAUCGCUCAAUCAACACAGCUGGAGCUUUACGCUGUGUUGAGCGAAAUCCAUCGCUCUGGCUGGGGGCGGCACAAAAUUAGGUGGAGGCGGCCGCCACGCAAUUUUGAACGCAGGAAAAACCCUGUUUAAUUAUUUCGUUGUGUUAGUUGUUUACAUCUGUGGAUUUGUUAGAGAAAAAGAAGAAAAUCUGCUAUUUGAUUUUGAUAGGCCAUUUAUAGUUGUCAAACUGUUGAUGCUUUUCUUAUAUAAAUAAAUUCAUUUCAGAAAAAGAUUGGCCCAUUUUACUUUAUGGGCUAUUUUUAUUUUAUAUAUAUUUUUCAUUUAAAUGUGUACCAUAUGGAGCUCCAAUAAAAAAAAGGUACUCCUGUGGUUAUACAGUAUUUAUGUUUGCAUUUUAUAGUUUUUUGAACAGCUGAGCAUAAUUUCAUCUGCCAGUUUGAAUAGAACUACUACUGACAUGUCAUAUUUGGCUUUGACUGUGACUAAACAUUUGCUCUCACUUUGCGAUAACAAUAUCGGAUAUAUCGCAUAUCGAUAUUCAGCCUACAUAUAUCGGGAUAUGACUUUUGGUCCAUAUCAUCCAGCCCUAUCUUGUUCAAAGAAUACCUUAUUUUACACUUCUGUGGUUGUUAUUUUAUUUUUUAACGUUUUUAGCUUAUUCAGAGUUGUAAGGGUUGCAGAUAAAGAAGGAAAGCAGCAGGGAGAGAGGCAGGAGUCAAACCUGGUGCAGCAGGCUCAAAACCUGGAGCCUCAUCGCAGGGUUGCACGGCUUAACCAUCAAACCGGUGCACCAUGAAUUCAUUUCUGAAAUGUCAAGUUUGUAUCAGUGCUACAUGCAUAACAAUUGAUUAUAGCAGCCCUAAGUUUAGUAAAUCCACAAAUAUUUGAACAACCCUGUUUCUAGAAAAGGUAAGACUGUGUCGAGUGAAAGAAACAGCAGGUGAUGAUGACCUGCAAAACCAAACCCCAGAUUAAAAUGAACUGCUUGUUUUUGCUGAAUGAUAAGCUCACUUUGAGUUUACUGCCAGCACUGUGCUUCAAAAGUUUUUCUCAUGGGGUCCCAGUUAUUUUGGAAACAGGUUUUUAGCUGUUUUACACGUCUGUCAGUAUUUUCUGGUGGUUCCUUUCAUGUAUAUAGAUAUGAAUGAUGCUUUUAUGAGUUUAUAACUUUAUCUGAUUACCUGACAUGUUUCCCUGAUGUGCUCUCCUGCAGUCCCACCCAGUUGCUAGGCUGCAUUAGGACUGUUAAAACCACAACAUGGUUUGAUGAGCAUCUGACAGAGGAUAACCAGGAGUACAUGAGGAAGAGCAUGGGUGAGGAAUACAGGAAUCAAACUGCAGCAAAGCUCAACCCCCUCAAGGAUGAACCCUGGGAGAGACACGAGUGGACGGAAGGUGGGUGUUUCAUGAUAAAUGAGCAGUCUGUAUAUUAUGUACUUUAAAAAAUGAGUUUUUAACCACCUUUCAUGUUUUCCUCUCAUCAGGAAGUCGGAGAGUUGGUUUGGUCGCUGUAAAGUUGGGCAUGGCUCCAAUCUGGACGAAAACAGGAGAGCGGCAUGUAGCCACUAUGUUACAGGUAAAACACAUCGACACAAACACAGAGACACACACAGAAACACACAGACACACACAGACUGUUUUCUGGAGGCUUCAACCUUGUGUCCAAAGGGCAGCAGGCACUCCUCGGGAGAAAUAAUGUGUGUUUGUGUUUAUCAUCCACAUCCUCACGACCAGCAGGUCAGGGAAGAAAUCCAGUAAAUGGAUUUUUCUGUAGAGUCUGGGAGGGUGGGCUAGAACUUAUUGGACACUUCUGAAUCUGACCCUUGAAUCUACCAUGCAUCUGAAUUGAGCUGACCUCUCCUCUAACAGAAAACACAACCAGGAGCUUUUCUAACAAGUCAACAUUUUAACAUUAAAACAGUUCUCAAAGCAAAGGGAAAAAAGAUUUUAGAAGUUUGAAAUGUCUCUGAUUAAAAUGACACACUGCAGAACAAUUAGUCAUUUUUCAUAGUCAAAUUCAGGCUGUAGACGAACUUCUAUCCUCACCUGCUGAGUCACUUUUGACACAUUCAGUGUUUUUUUUUUUCAGCUGAUACAGAAACAGAGUGUACCAGAUGGAAAGGAACACUUUUAAAUAAAAUCCUCAAGGUGACAGCACUCCCACCACUUUGGCAUUGUGGGAUAUGUUUUAUCAGAAAUGAAACUGAAAGUGUUUCAUAAUCUGACCAGAACAGACAGAAACAGUUUGAUUGUUGAUAUAUAAGAAUAGUUAUUUCUAUACAUCAUAGUUGAUAUAUAUUUGUAAAAGCUGCUGAUGUCAGCCUGAUGCAUUUGGGGACACUAGGAGCUUGUACUGUGUCAUGUUAUAAGAAUGUAGAUCAGAGAAGAAAAAAAAAACACCUUUUCAGUAAAAUUGAACAUUUGUUUUUUUCUCUUCAGGUUCAGGAUUGCCAUGUAAUACGGUAUCUGUCCAAAGACGAAUACGACGGAAAGACAGCUGCUCUCUUAGUCGGAGGGAAAAAUGCUUCACCAUUCCAUGUAAGACACUCAGCAGCUGUUAUACUCGUCAUGAAAAAUACAAGUACACAUUUGUUUGUUUUGACCUUAAAUUUAGUCAGCUGGGGUUGGUGCUCUUAAACGCAGAUUCUUUUCAUUGUCAUUUGCCCAAAAUUCUCAAGCUGGAUUUCCCCUCAAGGGGCUUCAGUUAUUAGUUUUAAAGUAAGAGAAUAAAAGUGUGAAAAAAAUUAUCUUUUGACUUGGGUGUCAUAACUGCUCUCAACUUAGAACCAGUAUAAGAUGAUAAUGAGCUGAAAGGUGUAAACUAUUGGCAUCAGCAGUUAUGAAAAUGUCUUUCAUUUUUGGUGACUGAUUAAUUAUGACACACAAGAUUUAAUAUGAUGGUUGUAAUCUGAAGUGUUUGGAACAAACAGCUAAAUAGGUAUUUGAUGUGCUUGUGAAGUCAGGUGACCCAAAAUGUGUCCAAAAAAAAUAUGGUUUUUGAUGAGAUUGAAUGUUUUAUUCCUCGUUCUGGAAUAAACAGAUAGAAACAAUAAGAGUAUCAAGUAAAUCCAUAGACUGCAUAUAAAAUGGACGCUGUCUGCCUCCUGGCGGGGUGAAGCCACCAUGAGAACAGCACCCUCUGGUGACAGGCUGCAGUAUAGGUCAUAAAUCCCGCCUCCUCCAGCAAUCCCUAUGGAGCUGUGGACAAACUUUAGAAAUUUAUUACACAGAAUAUAAAAUUUUCUCCCCCCAUGGUUGUGAUGUUGACGUGUAGUUACUGUAAGACUGGUUUGUGCUCAAGUCCUCUUUUUUUUCUGUACAGCUCUGUUUUUAAAAGUUAUUAGGGGGUUCAUGUUUUCAAUGAUUGACACUAGGGAUGUGCGGAUAUACAAUUUAAUCGCGAUAUGCGAUAUUAAACGGCCGCGACAAUGAAAUCGUAAGGUACUGUAAUAAUCGUUCCACAAUUAUAAUUUAAAGAUGAGAGGCAGCGGCACUCUGCGGAGGCGAGCGAAGCUGAGUACUUACCAACCUAACCCGCUUGUAGUCUUACCUACGGCCAAGUUGUCCAUUGUAUAUACAGUCUAUGGGUAAAUCCAAGCACAGGAGAGACUUAAAAAUAAAGGUGUGCUCAUACCAACAGUGUGGAUCUCUGUUAGAGUUUGAAGAUAGCAACAUGUUAGGUAUUUGUAAAAAAAAGGUCUUACAUGGUGCAGUCCCAGUAUGAUGGUCUUAUGUUGCUUUAGUAGUUCAGAGGAAGGCGUCAGUAUUGAUUCCAGUCUGUCAGAUGGCUAUUUAAAAACUCAUCAGUUUCCGUAUACUUCUAAUUACAGGAUAAUGACAAAUGGCUGAGAACAGUUUGAUUGCAAACCAUGAAGCCAUGGGAGUAAAUGUCAAAUCAAGAAGCAGAUUGAUCUUAUAUUAGCUCAGGCUGGCCUCCACCACUCCUGUGAGGAGUUAUGGCAGACCCAGCAAAACUCGCGCACAACAGCCUUGAUCCUUUUUAAUCCAGUUAGGGCUCAUUUAAUUACCAGGGAAAAUUGUACUACAAGAGUGUUUCUCUUUGCCUCUCUCAGAGUAACAUCAUUUUGCUCUGAGCGCAAUAAAUGUGGUGAAAUGAGAAAGAAGAGCUCCGUAAAAACGAGACCUCUUUUGCCAAGAAACAGCAAUAAAAAGCAUCCUUGUGUAAAGUUGUGGGGCAGCUGUAUGUGAAAACUUUACUCGUCCUGGCACUUUGAGGUUAUUAAAUUAUUUUCUGCCGGUUGCGUAAUUACCAACAUUACUUAACACAAAAACAGUGCGUCAGUCUUUUCAGCUUUACAAGGCCACUGUAAUUGUGUUUAACACAAAGGCUGCAGGAUGACAACGUUUCUCAUAACGAUUAAGCUUUGUACCUCUUUGUAAAGAAAUGCGGUGGUUCUUGUACACUGCAGCCAUGAGAUUAAAAGCUAUUAUAUAACAAUUAUUCGUGCUAAUACAAGCAGAAUUCAAGUCAUAUGAAAUCUGAGAUGCGAUCACACCAGUCAGUGUGCUUUUAAACCUGCAGUACAGCCUCCUCUUAUCAGGCUGUAACACUGUUGUGCUCAUUUUACUUCAUUUCAUAAUCAUGUAAAAAAAAAUACAAUCUAAUCAUCGCGGCGGCUUCCCAGAAACAGAACUCCGUUUUGUCAUUUCCACAUGAAGCAUUGAGCUCAUAUCUGGCCGCUCGGCUCCGAGACCUUUUAUGAAUACAGACGCGCCAUCAGGAUAUUAUACUCACCCACUAACCCUCCACGCCGACUCCAUUUCAUACAUGGCCUCUAAAUAAAUGGGAUUCAUUAGAUCUCAUUGUUGUGAUAUCCCACUAAUAAUGACAGGCACUCAUCUUUCAAAGGUGUCUUUUUAUGUUUGUAAUAAACUCCACUCUCUGCCUCAGACUGCUUAUCAAAACUCUAUGAAACAAACGCGGAAAUCUGAAGGAGGCAGGCUGCAGCACCAGCUCCGUCUAUAUGGCUCAGGAGGAGACAGAGUUAUUUUAUAGGGAAUUACCUGUUUGUAUGCAUGUGAUAGAAUUCAUCCUUUUCAAACGAACAAUCUUUUUGAGGGAGACGAGAUAAAUGGAGAGAAAUCAAACAAAGCACCAGACGAGUAAAUGAAGUUGUGAUUUAUUCAUGAAGCUUUGAUAGACGCUUGUUUUUCCCGCGGCGGAGGUUCCACUUGUCGGUUGUAGAGUGUUUUUGGAUCCCUCUCACGCAGCCUCUUUACGCCACAGUCAAAGGCAGAGUUUGUCGGAGUGUGAAGCUUUGGCAGGCUCGUUUUCAGUCAACAGACGGGGAGAGAGAGAGUGAAUUUCGAGUGACUGGAGGGAGAGAAAGGGGAGGAGGGGGGUGAGAGUGAGCAGAGCAAAAGCAAAUGUCAGAGACGCUCGCUGCCAAAUGUGGUUCUGUGUCUGUCUUCGUGUGUGUGUGUGUGUGUGUUUGGCUCGCUCACAGUCACAACAGGCCCACGGUUAAUUUUAAAAUGCCAAAGUCCAACUGCUUCUCGCUGCUCAUUUCUGUCCCAUGGCCGUGUUUUCUUCUCACAGAAGUCUGAAGAGAACAUGGAGAUGUGCAGAGAAGCAGGCGUGCCCCCGAAACAGAAAGUCACCACUUUUAAAGUCUCUGACAACGCCAUCAUCAAACCAGGUACGCACAAACCUAUUAGGCUCUACCUCAAGUACAGUCUGGAAGUAUUUCCCUUUGUGUGUGAUGAAUCUAGACCGUGUAUGUUCAGCCCUGUAAAGCUGAUUUUGCUCAUGUUGUGUUCAGGCACUCCUCUGUACGCCGCUCACUUCCGUCCUGGACAGUAUGUGGACGUCACAGCCAAAUCGUAAGUUCUGCUGCGCCAGCUUUCCUUCCUCUUGGCUCCCUCUACCAGUUCUUAUCCCAUCUUAGCUGCGGCGCCACACUUUGAAGAUAAAUUGGUUACUGGUUUUUGCAAAACAGGGCGAAUCUUUCCCUCUAAUCAUAUCCUCCAAACAAUAAAGCAAACUGGAAAUACCAGCGUGCAAACAGGAUCUUCUUUUUUUUAUGUUUGUGCAGCAUCGGUAAAGGUUUCCAAGGCGUGAUGAAGAGAUGGGGGUUCAAAGGUCAGCCGGCGACUCACGGCCAAACAAAAACACACCGCAGGCCGGGAGCUUCCGGGCCUGGAGGGGUAAGACAGACAGACACAAACACACACAACCAUAACUUAACACGAACUGUGUCAGAGCCUCAUCCAUGCCAGACAUGAACAGUUGGCCUCUUGUGAUUUGUUGGUGUAAGCAUGUGUGUCGUUCAUCAUCAUCUCCAUCCAGGAUCCAGCCAAAGUUUUCAAAGGGAAGAAGAUGCCCGGCCGGAUGGGAAACACCUACAUUACAGCGCAUGGCCUAAAGGUACACACACACAAACACACACACUGAUAAAGUUGUUCAUCCUUGGAAGCAAUUUCAGUUCAAUAUUUUCUCGUCUCCUGCAGAUAUGGAGGGUCAAUACCAGGUAUAAUGUGCUGUAUGUGAACGGCUCCGUCCCCGGCCACAGGAACUGCUUACUGAAGGUAUAAACGAUCACACACACACACACACUAACGAGCGCGCGCACACUUAAGUAGGCGUGAGAUCAGAAGGUCAAAGCCAGCAUGUUUAGUGACCUGACAAAAGAGAGUGACCUUGCACCUGUAAAAAUCGCCAUCACACCUGCAAGACGGCGUGAUCUAUCUUCAUUGACACUGUGCUCUGUCAGCAGCCUGCGUGUGUGUGCGUGCGUGUGCGUCUGUGUGAGUGUUUGUCCCGUGAGUGAUUUAAUAUGCGCGCCCCAAUGAUGUUAGUAAUAUCCACGGCAUCCAUCUCCAUACUCAGCAUGUCGUGUUCACCUUGUGUGUGUGUUUGUGUGUGUGCAUGCGCUUGAACACACACGCAGCAUAUUAUUUGUUUUGCAGACAAGCGAUAAUGAAUACAAAUGUGCAUCGUGUUUCACUUAGCUCAGCUGUCCUACAUACACACAAACACACUCCAGGACCCUCUUUAGAUUAUAUUAGGCCCCAGGACACACCUGGAGGUUAAUCAUGUUUGUUCAUAAUGUUUAUCAUGUACAUGCAGCCCUUAGUGAAAUGAGGUCCGGGUCGUUCUUAAUGGUUAAAUUAAGGCCUGGUCUGCAAGUCUAGAUAAAGGCUUUCUUAAAAAAUGACUGUACUAUCAUUUUAAUGUAAUGUUUCAGCACGCUGCAUUAAUAUAUCUUGACGUGACAAAGUGCUGCUUUUGAAAGAGAAAAUAAUUAAAACUGCUGCACUUUUUUGACAUCUCCAAGUUUCUUUCACAAGUGCACAAAACUCCAGGAAAACUUCCUGACUCCAUUUCUGGCCGGCCCCUGAAGUAAAAGCUUAGCAAGAAGAGCAUGAGUAUGAAGAAAGGCACAUACAGAGUUGAUUUGUUGGAGAAGUGUGUUUCUCUUCAUGCCUCUGCCUGUUUACAUUUCUGUUGCUCUGCAUCACCUGCAGGUCACAAUAUAUUUUGUCACAUCAUCGGAUCUCGGUUAUUUUCAUGAUUUCACUAAAAUUUAUCACUAAACUAGAGAUUAGUUCUACAUUUUCUAACUAUACAAAGUAAAUAAUAAAGCAAAUUGAAUCAGAUAAACUUAGAAAAAAAUAUAAAAACCAUUUUGACUCAACAGUACAACAAAUGUAGAUCAAUAUCAAAUAAUACAAUGAACUAGUUUACAGUCCUGAGUAUUAUUGUAGAUAUGCAAGACCCAAAAUAAACAAAUCGUCCCCUCAGAGAUAAUGAAGACGCCUUCAAAUGUAAACGUAGAUGAUACGAUUGAUUGAUGCUUUGGUCUGGUGGCUGCUCGAUGUCACUUUGGAGAAACCCGAACCUCCGCCACAAUAACUUACUGAAUAACUUUCUCAACAAUGGCAACUUUAGAGGAUGACUCAAAGUCACGGCUGACAUCAAUUUUGCCAACCUCAGCGCCGUUCGGUCAUUCUGUUUACUUCUCCUGUUUACUUCUCCAACAACUUACAGAAGUGAGCAGAAAAAGCUCGACUCUGAUUGGCUGUUGAUUUGUUUGAUCGAGUAAAUAUGCUCACAGCUAAUCACCGUGAUCAAACUGAAAUUUAUCAGCAUCAUAUAAUCGCCCAGUCCUACUUAAGGGUCAUUUUUAAUGCAUCCGCUGCAAAUGCAAUGAAUGAAAACAGGUCUUACUUAUUAACUGUGUGACGACAACACAGAACAACUGAAAUCAUCAAACUAAGGAUUAAGAUGAAACAUGUAUGACUUAUCUGUUUCAAGUUUGUUUUCUCUGGGACCUUUGCUGAUCAGUCGUGAUCAACAGCUGACUCCUUAAACUUUCACAUUCUUCGAGGUGGUUAAUUCACAGAUGGUCAUAAAAGUUAGUUGUUGAGCUGCUUUCUAACCUAAUCUGCAGACUGGCGUAUCUUGUGCAACAUCUGUCCUGAUCCCCCACGAGUGAAGAUGAUCCACAUCUCGCAAUUAAAUUUUAUGAUGUCAGUUCUGAGGCUGGUUGGGUUUGUUUUCUGUCUCCUGGCACUAUGUAGUUACUCAUUAUGAAGUCCUGCUGUGCAGACAGUUACCCGAGCCUAGCUUGUUGUGAUGUGUAAAUAUUGCAUAUGUUCUUGAUGCAAAUGUGCAGGAGUUUAAGUCUAGUUCACCUAAAUUUGUUUGACUUUUUAUUAUCGGUGAUGCAUUACAGCUCGUCAUCGUCUGUCAUUCUUUUAUACUAAGGAAAAUACAGUCAUACUGCACUGUUGGGUGCACAUGUGAAUAUCAAGUUCCUGGAAAACAUCAGGACUAAAAUGACCUGAAAUGAUCUAAAAAUUGUGAGAGGGAUGAUAGAAAAUCAAAAGUCCCUUUCGUCCAGAAUCUGCUCAGUCAGCUGUUUUGGGUAUUUUCGGUUGAUAAAUGAUCAUCAAACUUGUGCGCUGUCUUCGUCCUGAAUGUGUAGGCACGACCUGAGAGAAAAGUUACAUCACAGCUACUGCAGACAAAGUGUGUGUGUGUGUGUUUGUGUUUGUGUGUGUUGCAGGUAAGAGAUACUGUCCUGCCAACCAGGAUCUCCACCCUGCAAAACCCUCCAUUCCCUACAUACUUCGCUGACGGGGAUGAAGACCUGGAUGAAGACCUGUACGACGACGACCUGUUUACCCACACAGAUUCCUCAUUAACAAUUACCUGAUCCAACACACACACAUACACAUACACACACUUCACCUUUUCACAUGAACCCAAAAACUGAGUCUGAACCCUGUAAUAAAGAGAAACUCUUUUGAAUGCUCUGCA